CAAGUUAAUUAUCAUCAGUGAACAGUUUGACAUUGUGUGAAUUUGUUCGUAUCUCAAAAUCCUAUUUAUAAUCUGAAAACCAAAUAAAAAUAUGUCUUUUAACAAAGAUCUUAGACAAUUACUAAAACCAUAUUACUGGGUUAACAUUAUACUCAGUAUUUCAUACGUGGUUUCCAAGAGAACUAAUAUAAUAUGUAGUUAUUUAUUUCCCGAUUCGGAUUGUGAAUUAGAUAGCCGAGAAACGGAAAUCCUGUUCUUCUUAAUUAUUGUCGUGAUGUUGAGGACGAGGAAGGCGGGCAGUGUCACUAUGGUGAAUUAUCUUUCAUCAUCCUUUGUCUACACAAAGAUUGCGAAUUUGAUACUUUGGUUAUACGCCGAUGUGAGAUAUGGUCUUCCGUAUGGAGCUAUUCUCAUUUUAGUCUCCCUGCUCCUGCCCGAACCAACUUAUAAGGGGCCUGAGCAUGUCAUCUAUUUCCGGGGACAUCAAGUACUCGAGGAAGAGUUAAAACAUCACAAGAAUACUACGUGGCUGGUCUGUUUGUAUGCCGCGUGGCAUCCCGCGUGUGUCAACUUUGCACCAGUUUUUGCGGAACUGUCGGCUAGUUAUAAUCUUGAUAACUUUAAAUUUGGAAAACUUGAUAUUGGAAGAUAUCCUGAGGCAGCAGCUAAGUACAGAAUACAAGACGGUCCGACAAGCCGCCAGCUACCCACUGUCCUUCUGUUGAGCGAUGGACAGGAGAAAAUGAGAAGACCACAUGCUGACUCAACCGGGAAGUUACAAAAAUUCCUCUUCUCGAAGGACAAUAUGAAAGCAGCCUUCGACCUUGACGGGAUAUACCAGGAGUGCAAAGAGAAACUGGCGAAUUCGAAGUCUGCCAAAAAGACCGAAUAGAUCACGCCAGACCUGACCAUACAAAAGUUAAUUUUUUCUAGUUCCUUGUUAAUUAAACGUGUUACUAAUAUGUCUUCGUAGUUCAUUCCACGAAACAAGCUCCCAAAAGAAAUUAUCAAUGCGCGAGACUUUGUCCUAAUCUUAGGAUUGUCUUACAUGUCGGAUUCGUCUCGCGUUAGUCUUGUGGAAUGGACUAAGUUUAAUAUUUUUUGUUUUCGCACUGAGGUAUAGUGCCUCGUUGUCUCGUAAGGCUAGCUUACAAGUUAACUGACCCAAGUGCUGUACUCAAAGCCUAUAUUUGUCCAAUUAAAAGUUAUUGACUUCUUCAAGAAAAUGGCACAGCCCGAAGGAAGGAAUUGUCCGUACCAGUCUCUUCAGAUUAUGAGAAUUAGCAAAAAAAAGUACAGAGUGCACCUGUGUUUAAUCACUUAAGGACUAUAAUAAAUCCAGCACAGUUGUAAGUCUCUUUGAGCAGUGGAAAAAAACAUUCAGGAUUGUGCAUUGAAAUCAAUAUACCGAAGGUCGUUCAGUAUCAAUAUCAGCUGUGAACACGUUUAGCAUUAAUCCUGCCUUUUGUACAAUAUUAUAUAUAUAAAAUUACUGUUGGUACAUGUUCUUGAGAUCAAAUAUUAAUAAACAUCAACACGGUUUGACCAAAGACAUUGGUUCGGCAUCAGUUGGCACAUAUGUAUUUAUUUAUGGAGAUGAUUGUUAUACCAUCCAUUUUAUCACAGCCAGUAGAUGGCGCUGCAGCGCAUACACAGCCAGUACAAUAUUUAAAUGAAUAUAUAUAUUACAUAGAUGUAUCUAUUGUAUGGUUAUGUAUUUGAUUAGCCAUUCAGAAAUUAACUUUAAGACUCGGUGACUAUUGGCUGACAUGAAUGUUGUAUUUUGUAAGAAAUUAUUUUAGAGCGCACCAACUGUUGUUAUUGUAUUUAUUUUGUGAUCUGUGUCAAUGAAGAAAAUAUUUAUAAAUGGUGGCUAAUAUUGUACUCAAUCGAACACUAUUUGUAUCUCUGUCUGUGUGGAU